GAUCCCCUGGGCACCUUUGCGCCCGACCUGGCGCGGCGGCGGCUGCAGCGCACGGGCAGUGGCGCCCUCGCGGAGGAGGGCGAGCACCCCGUGGAGGGCGAAGCGGAGGAUGAGGAGGACGACGACUUCGACAACAACGUGGAUGGCUUUGCCUCCGAGGGGCCCCGCGAGGCGGGAGCGUGGCCGCGUGCGCCGAAGUGUGCUUUGGCCUCCUACGCCCUGGGUAGUCUUCACCGGAAGAUCCCGCGCAUGGGGGCUCGCGUGGACUUGGAAGCGGAGUCGCUCAUUGCACAGGCGACGAACCCAGAUGAAUUGGCCCAGAUGUACGAGGGUUGGACCUCCUGGAUUUGA